AAAGAAUUGGUAAAUGUCAGUGUGAGAGGGAUAAAUAAUCGUGAGACUCCUGUCACAAGAAGGGAGGGAGCGGGUACCCAGUCUUACAAGCUGCUAGUGCAGAAGCGGUGCAGGGUGCAUCGUGGCAGGGUGCAUCGUAGGGACGGAAUUUAUUUUGCACGGGCCAUCAAGGAGAGCCCCCAGUGAGAAACUGGUUUCAGACGAGAGAUGGCGGCCUUGAUGUCAGUUGCUGCUGUGGUGCUGGUAGCUGUGAUAGCUUUGGUGGUCGUCAUACUGCUUCCCGAGUCUCCAACUCCACUCACAACCUCCAUUGAUGCAGAAUACGACUAUAUUAUAGUGGGGGCGGGGUCAGCGGGCUGCGUGCUGGCCAGUCGGCUGUCCGAAGAUGAUGACGUGCGUGUCUUGCUGCUGGAGGCGGGGCCAGACGACCAGGGCGUGACAGCUUUUUCUGUUCCUCUUUAUGGCGCGUGGAAUGUGCGGAGGAAAGACUUCAGCUGGAACAGUUUCACUGAAUCUCAGAGCCACAGCCUAGAAGGCUAUAAACAAAAGAAAACGAUGUUUACAAGAGGGAAGGUUCUGGGCGGAAGUUCCAACCUUAAUGCGAUGAUCUACAUCCGGGGCAGUCGACAUGAUUAUGAUAAUUGGGCCAAGUCCGGCACAGAAGGCUGGAGCUACCAGGAUGUAUUGCCCUACUUCUUGAAGUCGGAAGACAUACUCAGUCCUGAUUUGUUGGAUUCCAAGUACCAUGGGAAAGGAGGCCCUCUAAAGGUAGAGAUUCCGGACACCACACAACUGGCACAAGAGAUCUUACGUGCUGGAAAGGAGCUGGGCUACCCCGAGGUGGAUCCCAACGGCGAGACUAUGCUAGGUUUCAGCAAGGUGCAGGCGACCCAGAAGAACGGAGUCCGCUACAGCACGUCACGCGCCUUUUUACACCCUGUGCUUGACCGCUCUAAUCUGCAUGUUGGGGUCAAUGCUCACGUCACUCGAGUGUUGAUCGAAGACAGAGUGGCGAGAGGAGUGGAGUUUUAUAAGGAUAGGAUCGUGCGUACAGUUCGUGCCAAGAAGGAAGUGAUUGUGUCUGCUGGUGCCAUCGGGUCUCCACAGAUCCUCAUGUUGUCCGGAGUUGGUCCCAGAGACCAUCUAGAGUCUCAUGGAAUCAAAGUUCACGCUGACCUACCCGUGGGUGAUAACCUUCAGGAUCACCCCUUUAUGAGCAUCGGUAUUAGCAUCAACGACUCCAUCGGUAUUACCUUGGAGAAGGCAAGCAGUUUGUGGGAGCAUGCCAGGUAUUGGCUCUUUGGGAAAGGAAUCCUCAGCUCCACGUAUGGUACAGAGAUCCUUGCUUUCAUGGCCAGUAAUGAAGAAAAACGAAAACUAAGAUGGCCAGAUGUUGAGCUUCUUCUGCAUUCUUCCCUUUUAUUUAGAGAUUCCGACAUUCUCACGGCAGAGAACAUAGAACGAGUGUCUGGAAGAAAAAAUAAAGUCGGGCUGUCAUGCUUAUCCACGCUGUUGCACUCUCUCAGCGUGGGGUCAGUGCGCCUGCGCAGUGGGAAUCCUGUGGACGACCCCGUCAUUGACCCGCACUAUUUAGAGAGGCCAGAGGACGUGGAGGUCAUUCUGUACGGUAUAAAAGUCUGUAAGGAGCUGGUGAACACUUCUGCUUUACGGAAAUUUGGAGCGGAACUGGCAGACAAACCGGUGAGAGCAUGCGCGGACAAGCACGCGCCAGACUCUGACGAUUACUGGCGCUGCGCCAUUCGCUACUCCUUGUCCACGUCCUUUCACAUCACCGGCACGUGCAAAAUGGGUGACGUCACUGACAACACUACGGUGGUCGACAGUAAGCUGAGGGUCAAGGGUGUCCGCAGUCUGCGGGUGGUGGAUGCCUCCAUCAUGCCUACCAUCGUCUCUGGCAACACCAACGCCGCUGUCAUCAUGAUUGCAGAAAAGGCCGCAGACAUCAUCAGGGGCCGCACCACUGUGUGACGUCAGCAUCGGAUCACGUGGGGAAGACACUGUGGGAUUGAAAGCGCUCGAAACUUAAAGUUGGUUUGGUCUGAAACAUCUGAGACACCAAGCCGUGCCAUCAUCCAUUCGUGGGAUGUGGAAGGGGACAGCUCGUUAAGCACAGCGCACAUUUUAAAAACGUUAUACAGUAAACCUCAAGGUCUUUCUUCGACUUGUCAUGUCGCACGAGGAAGACAUUGUCAUGGCAGUUAAUACUAGCACUGCUUAAUUAUUUCUUUGUCGCAACAAAAUAUUCCAGAUUUUUAUGUUUCUCGACGCUUCGAAAAGUAAAAUCUAAUUUUCCCACAACUUUUUUGACAACGGACACUCUAUAUAAAAUCAUAUCCUGUUUUCAGUGCAAUUUUUGUCUGUCAAAAGUAUUUUAGAGAUCCAAAGAAUGAGGCAACAGGUGGACUAUUCAUUCAGAAAGUGAAACCAGAACACAGCAAAACAUUGUUCGUGAAAAAGCUUAAAGUUAAUGUGCACUAGUUUUGUCUUUUUUAUUAUUCAGCUCUUUUAUGAUCACCUGUAACACAAAGUGGAAUAUUAUGCUAAGUACGAAAGUAAUUGACAUUUAAGUUAGGUGGUGAGACCAUGAUAGGUGUGGGUUGAAGUGCAGCCGAGCGUCUCGUGAUAUUGAGCAUCGGCAUUGUACAGGAGGCCACCAGUGUUCUGCCAAUAUGUAAUGACAACUACGUGAAUGACUGGCUGUACAGCAGGGAAAUCUUUUUUCCUCCAAGGGCUCGUUUGCUAUUUGUAACAUUAUUCGAAACUAAAAAUAGCUUAUUUUAUUCGGUCAAACUAGUUUUGCCGCACUCUUAAAACUUGUACAAUAGCAGCCUGCCUGUGCAGCCUGGUGAUUCUGAGUCACCAACAUACGCCUUUUGUCAUAAGAUGAGCGAAAAAUAUGCUCUGUUCUUAUGAAAAGCAUAAUAAAACAACUGUUCAUAUC